CAAAGUCCAAUACCUAAUGUUGGUUAGGACUGCAGUUCUUAAAGUAGGUGUCAAAGAAAGUACUGCUCGCGCCUGGUGGAAAAAUUAUGAAAAGAAAACCAAUACUCAAAACCGGCCAAAAUCACAGCUACAGGAAGAGCAUAAGCAAUGUUUAAUCGAGCUUUACGAUGAUAACACAUGUGCCUAUAUUCAAGACGCUGUUGAGGUGCUUACCAACAAGUUUGCUGGUCUUGAGAUCAAGAAAUCAAGAGUACAUGAGUCUAUGAGAGACAAUUGUAACCUCACUUUUAAGAAAGCUACUUUUUGGUCCGAGGCAAGAGCAAGCUCAUACACCAUCCAAAAACAUUACGAUUAGGUCGUCGCAUGGAGUAAUUCAGAUGGAUUUUUCUAAAAACUGCGUUUUUAUCGAUGAAGCUGGCUUCAAUAUCAACAUGAAAGCGAGUAGAGCAUUACUCAGUCAACGAAAAUAAUAUUGCAGAGGGACGAAUGGUUGUUUGUGUCAGAUUAUACGAAUGAGAUAUGAUACGAACGCAUGAUCGGGGCUGUUCCAUAGCUGCAGAUUUACUGUAUUUUUAUAAAAUAUU